AUGGAAGAAAUCCUUUCUCGGUCUCUCAAGGAUGGCCAACUCAUCGGGCCUCAUGUCUGCUCAUUCCUCGAGCAGCUUAGUGCUCACCGAUAUGGUCAUUCCAUCGCUGAAGACUAUCUUGAUGCAUUUUGGGACGAUUUCGUUCGACGAUGCCCAAUUAUGAGCGAUAGUUUCAGAAAGAUUUUGCUGAACUUGGGCGAGUACAAUCUUGAUCACAGAUCAUCGGUAUCCGACUGGAUCAGCGAGAAGAUAGGCGAAAAGAGGAUCUCCCCGAUCCUGAGAAACUUCUUUUCCGAGCUUGAAAAGAAGACAGAUGAGCGGCUUCUUUGGCAAAAGAACACCCAGCAGUAUUUCGUGUGUUGGCUGCGUCAGUAUUAUCACUCGAACUCAAAUGCUCACAAGUGUGAAACAUAG